AUGGGCAACAAAACAGCAUUGUGCAGUUAAAGAUAGAAAAGUCAAUUUUUCGAUGAAUCUAUCAGUACUAAUUCAACCCAAUCAAGUCUAAAGCCAAAGUGUGGUAAUCGGGGCGUCUCGAAGGAUGAUUUCCAGAUCCUGAAGGUCAUCGGCAGAGGCUCAUUUGGAAAAGUCUUCCUUGUUAAGAAGAGGAAGUCCGGCCAACUAUUCGCCAUGAAAGUGCUUAAAAAGCAUGAUGUCCUCAAGAGAAAUCAAAUUGAGCAUACUAAAGCUGAAAGACAAAUACUUCAACAUGUGACAAGUCCAUUCUUGGUUAACAUGCAUUAUGCAUUUUAGACUGAAGAAAAAUUAUACAUGGUAAUGGACUUUAUGAAUGGUGGAGAACUUUUCUACCAUUUGAAUAAAGAAAGAACAUUUAAUGAGGACAGAAUCAGGUACCAUGUUGCUGAAAUAGUCCUUGCAGUUGAGUCUUUGCAUAAGGCAGGGAUUAUUUACCGUGACUUAAAACCAGAGAAUAUCCUGCUGGACAGCGAAGGUCACGUGAGACUGACAGAUUUUGGCCUGUCGAAAUAAGGGAUAUUUAGAGACCAGGAGAAUCAAGCCUUUACCAUAUGCGGAACACCUGAGUAUCUUGCCCCCGAGAUCAUAAGGGGAGAAGGUCAUGGUCCCGCAGUUGACUGGUGGAGUCUCGGGGCUCUUGUAUUUGAAAUGUAUACUAGUAGACCACCCUUCCAAAACAUGAAUAAGAUGCAACUUUUGUACACAAUUGCUACUAAAAAGAUAGAUUUCUCUGAUAUAGAAAAUGCAAGCGCAGAUUUCUAGAACUUAGUUAAAAGACUCCUGUAAAGAAAUCCUGAAAAAAGAAUUGGAGGCGGAGAAUAGGACGCUGAUGAAAUUAAAAGACACCCUUUUUUCAAUGGUCUAGACUGGGAUGCUAUGAGUAGAAAGGAGGUGGCAGUGGUAUUCAAACCAGAGACCAGCGACUCCAAAGAUACAAGAAAUAUACACUCAUAAUUUUUAAAUGAGAGAGCUGUGGAUUCUCCAUGUUAAACUAGGUUCACAGAAUCUCAGAGAGCUAAACUCGUGUUUGAUUAAUUUACGUACACUAAAGACUAAGAUUUCUAUUUGACCACGACUAUAGGUACAGAUUGA